GGCUCGGGAAGCAACGAAAGUUAGGUACCUUACCUAUUGAACCGUUGUUCGAACCCCAACCAUUCAUUGAACCAACUGUAAAAUCAUUAACACGCGUUCCCGGGCGAAGAAGGCACGCCUCAAGAUUCUCACAACCGUGUCGCGCCAAAUAAAUGAGCAGUCGAAACGCCAAAGCUUGUGCACUCCAGCAACAGACUACCACUGGCAUCGUAACCCCCACAAUGGCUCCGCUAGAUUCCCUGCGCUGGCCUGUCACGACGGAGGUAUCCGGGAAUGGGAAUGGGAAACGCAGUACAGAUGUCUUGCCGGCUACCUAUCACUAUUACGAAACGGAUGGGAAGCGCGCCGUUGGUGAUCCGGCAGAAGAUACACCAGCCUUUUUACGAAGCGAACUUUCCCUCGGGGCGCUGACUAGCUUGCUGAAGCAUCUAUGGUUCGCCGGGGCAGCCCGUCCUGCUGCGCCGUUGCACUCCCACGUCGCCAUGGGCCGGGAGAUCGUGGUCUCCGACCGCAUGGACAUGCACCUUCUCUGGAGCAACGAGGGCAGACUUUUCGUCAAGCCCGUCCCGCGCUUCCUUUUAAAUGUGGACUUUUGCCGGAGCAACCUGCAGUGUCCGGAUGGCUGUCCAUGCCGGGAUUCGCUGGCGGACGCGUGUCGGAGGAUUCCGCGGAAAGUCGCCCUCGGCUUCCUGUACACGUACGCCUGUCUUAUCUCGUCGGAGAGCGACUUUCACAUUGCCAACGACAGACGACUGUUGCCUCGCAUGGAAGAUGAUAAGCCGAUCGAAUGGCCAAGCUGGAAGACUCUGGCCAGGGAGCUCCUCCGAGUGCAUCGGCGCGACCCAGAUGUAAUUCACCCACGCUUUCUGCGCGCCGAACUCCGCCUCUCCCGUAUCAACACAAUCAGCCGUUUCACCAGCUUCCCGCACUUCAACCCCUACGUCCGCGGUCACUACACCUACGGCAGUCUCUUUCGCGAUAACCUCGCCUGGAUAGCCACCACCACCGUCUUCGUUGCCGUGGUACUGACCGCGAUGCAGGUUGGCCUGGCUACGGAGCGGCUCCAAGGAGAUGCGACCUUCCAGCAGGCGUCGUACGGUUUCACCGUCUUUGCCAUCCUGGGGCCCGUGGGGGCGUUCGCCCUAGUGAUCCUAUACGCUCUAUUCCAUCUUGUCAAGGACCUACCUUUGCUUCUCGGAGCGCGGAGGGAAACGAACCGCGGCCGGCCGCACAGUAUCAAACGCCACACCCGCUUAGCGACACCAUGUUUAAGAAGUCCCUAUGCAGUUACUGACGGGGAGCGUCGAACUUUACAUGUCAUCACGCGAAAGCCACGUUGUUUUGUAAAUUAUUUCAUACAACACCUAACUAGCCCCUAUGGCUUCGGUUCGAGAUCGACAACAAGCGCUAAGCAACACUCCUUUCAGACUGUGCCUCUUAAACGCCAACGGCUCCCCCCCCCCCCCCAGAAUGCCCCCCUUACUCCCACCCUAAAACCCCAGCGCCGCAUUAAAAGCAUCCGCGGUCGUGGCGUCCUGGGUUCCCAGCGCCUCCACCUGGGCCUGGGCGUCCUGGCACAUGGCCUGGGCGGCGUCGUUGGCGCCGCACACGUUGGUGAGCUGGUCGCAGAUGCGGUUGGUGAUGAUGUUGGGGUUGAGCGCCUCCGCCUGGCCCUCGGCGACGAGGGGGUCCGAGGGGAGGAAGGUGCCCUCGUCGGCCGCGCGCCCGGCGCGGCCGAACUGGAAGUCCAUGCUCGGGUUGCACUGCCCAAAGUCGGCGGCGCCCGUCGAGUUGGCUUGCCGGAAGCUGAUUACGCCCGCUGAGGCGGUCGAGGCCGCCGUGAGAAAGGCGAGGAGGAUGGUUUUGGUGUACAUGGCGUAAGGAGGUGUGGGAUUGGUGAAUAAAAGCCGGCUUGCGGUCUUGUGGUUUAAGUAUGUGCAAAGAAAGAAUGGAACGGUUCACAGAACCUGAGGGAAGAUUAAUUCUGAAAGCUGGUUUGUUGUGACAGUUGGGAAGAUCAGAUAGGACAGUGAAGGUGAUGUUGGGA